AUGUUAACUGUAUGCCCAGAGAGCCAAAGGCUGGCUUCCAGACAGCCCAAACCAGAACCACCAAAAACGAAAAAACAACCCAACCAGGGCGGGCGGUGGGGGAAACAGGACGGAGGGCUCGAAACAAACCAAACACAACCCCAAAACCAAAACGGAAAACACUGGAGCCCAGAAAACAACCAAACAAAACCAGGCACACGACAGUUCCAAAAAAAAGUUCAGGGGGCCGGCCCGGAGGCUGACGGCACCAAAGUCCAAACCUGGGUAGUUCAGGAGGCCGGCCGUGCGAAAAGCAACGGCGGCAAGGCAAGCGAAGAAGGUCCGGAGGCCGGCCACGCAGAGGGCAGCAGCGGCGACCCAGGCGAAGGAGGUCAGGAGGCCGACGGCCCAAGAGCCCAGAAAACAGUUCAGGGGGCCGGCCGAGCGGGAGGCACCUGCGGCAACGGAGCAGGUCAGGAGGCCGGCCGGGCGGGAGGCACCGGCGGCGACGGAGCAGGUCAGGAGGCCGUCCACGACGGCGAGGACGCCCAAUCAUCGGCCUGGAAAGCGGCCGGACAGGACGUGCAGGCCGGACAGGCCGGACAGGACGUGCAGGACGUGCAGGACGUGCAGGACGGACAGGCCGGACAGGACGGACAGGCGGAGCUGAAGCCGAAGCCGGAUCAGGCGACGGCGAGGCAGAAGCCAGAGCUGGACCAGGCGACGGCGAGGCAGAAGCCAGAGCUGGACCAGGCGACGGCGAGGCAGAAGCCAGAGGCGACGAAACAGAUGGUGGCGCUGCAGGCGACGGCGUGGGAGCCGCAGGUGGUGGCACUGCAGGUAACGGCGUGGGAGCCGCAGGUGGUGGCACUGCAGGCAACGGCGUAGGCG